AGGACCACAGAGAUCUGAACAAGUCCUGCAGAGACGCCCUCAGAGAAGUUGUUCAGAGCCUGAUCCUCCUGUUCUCCUCCUCCGCUCCACAGAGACCGACAACACCACCUGCAGAUAGAAAGAGAGAGAGAGAGAGAGAGAGAGAGAGAGAGACUGACCCAGACGUCCUUAUGGCCGGCAUCACCUUCCUCACAAUGUCCCUGCUGCUGCUGGGGGGAAUCCUGCUGCUCACUUGCAACCCUGCACACACCAUAAGAGUGCGGAGACAGAACAUGAAGGUCCGCAUCAACGCCACCGGAGACACCAUCGUCAUGAAGUUCCUCCGGCCCAGACCCGACGUGAAGCUGGAGGGCUACAUCCUGGGCUACGGCAGCAGCAUGUUCUCCAAACAGUUCAUCCAGCUGCCAGAGAACGGACAACCCUACGAGACAGAGAUGGAUGCGGAGCCGAAAUACCUGGUCGCCGUCCAGCCGAUUCCAACCAAUGAUGUGAAGAAACACUGCACAGGGAAGGUGAACCUGGAGAAGCCUCUCCACCUGGUGAUUGGCUCCGUCAGCCCCACGGCGGUGCUCCUGUCCUGGGGAAACUACCUGAAGACGCCCUACGAGGGAAACAUCAUGAACGAGUGCCUGGAGGACGGAUUCUACACCAUCAGGUACAGGGAGAGGAACAGGAAAUGGAUUUACCAGACCUGCCCUACCAGUGACACCGUGAUCGACAACCUCAAACCCAACACGCCCUAUGAGUUCGGAGUCCGCUCCAACAAGGAAGACCGCAGCGGGACGUGGAGCAAGCCGGUCGUCCAUAACACCAACAUGGGCGAUAAGACCAUGCAGAAGCCCUACAAACUCCGCAAUCUGGCAAAACCAAUGAAACCGCUUGGUCCCCGCGCUCUGUUUCCACCUCGGCCUGCUCUCCACAACCGGACCCAGCCUCGGCUCUCUCCCCUGCUAAAAAACCAAGGUUUCCCAGGAGCACCAAGAUCUUUCGCCCCACCCGAGAGCCGUCAGGAAACUCUACCUCUGCCCGGCUCCGCUGAGCCAAAAUGGCCUCAGUUUUCACUGGACAAAGGAAACAGUAUUAGAAAUGACACCGGCCAUCCCGCGGAGCGCCCUCCUGCCCUCCCCCAACUUCUGUCCACCAAUGCCCCUCCCACCAGCACGACAGCCUCCCCUGUCCCUAACUCCCCCACAAACGGUGACCAGCGUCAGGGACACUCUCAUCCAAAGCUGCCCGUUAGUGCAACAGAGAAGCCUCAUAACCCAGCUGCUUUCGGCCAAUCGCAGGACGGUUCAUCGCCGCCGAGAUUGGCCUUGUCCAAUGAGAGGGCCAAAAACAAUAACAACUGGGGUGAAGGCAACAGGGGAAACGCUGGCCUGUCGUUGCCCCUUCGGCCAUAUGGCCCCUCUGUUACAGCUGUCGGCAGAGCCAUGAGGCCGUCAUCGAGAAACCCCCUCUUUACCCUCUCUAAUGGCUUCAGACAACCCUACUCCUCCUCUCCUAGGUCCAGUAACGCCUCCCUGACUUCGAUCCGAGGGGCAAAUGGAGAACAUCACAAGGGCUUUGCCCUCCCUAAACCAGCCAUAUGGUCCCGGCCUCGAUUGGUGAACAACUCCUUGUCGGAGGACAAGAAAGAUGAAUUCCCCGGAAAGUUCGGACGGUCGGGGCCCACUGUCGAAGAGCGGUUUUAUGGAUCCCUCGCUCGCCCGUCCGUACCAGUCAACAAGAAACCAAACAUGGUGGGGAAACCCGGUGAAACGGAUAAGGUGAACAACUUGAAGCAGACUGACAAGCUGCCAGUCCUGAAGGCUAAAAUCUCCCCGGUGACGGCCAAGCCCGCCAAGCAGGACCACAAGCUGAUGACCACCGCCGCACCGCCAGUCGACACAGACCAGUUCGAACACUGGGAGGACUCGGUCUUGUUCAACUCCCAGCCUACCUCAGACCUGGACGCCUUGGGGAAGAAGCGGUUUGUGGCGCCUCAUGUGGUCUACAAAACUGACAAGAAACCGGACGAGCCGUGCUCCAUCACCUCCUCGCUCAACUACUUCCCCGAGGGCGAACCCGGAGACGCCAAUGUGACGGCGCCCCCCAAGUCUCCCCCUUCCAACCUCACCGUGGUGACGGUGGAAGGAUGCCCCUCCUUCAUCAUCCUGGACUGGGAGAAAACUGACAACGACACCACCGAAUAUGAGGUCAUAUCCACCGCCAAAGGACCAGAUGGAGAGCAGGUUUCUAUUCUGACCACCAACCAAACUCACACCGCCGUGGAGAACCUCAAACCAGAGAGCAGUUACGAGUUCAAGGUGAAGCCUAAAAACGAACUGGGAACAGGUCCUCCCAGUGAGCCAGUGUCCUUCAACACAGAGUCAGCGGACCCCCGGGUGAGCGAGAAUGUCUCAGGGAAAGACGCCAUCUGGACCCAGUUCCCCUUCAAGACGGACUCGUACUCGGACUGUCACGGUAAACAGUACGUGAAGAGGACCUGGUACCGCAAGUUUGUGGGCGUGCAGCUCUGCAACUCCCUCAGAUAUAAGAUCUACCUGAGCGACUCGCUCAAUGGUAAAUUUUACAACAUCGGGGACCAGACCGGCUUCGGUGAAGACCACUGUCAGUUCGUAGAUUCCUUCCUGGAUGGAAAAACAGGAAGACAGCUCAGAGCGGACCAGCUACCGUCGAGAACAGGAUACUACAGAGCCGUGAGGCAGGAGCCGGUUCAUUAUGGCCAGAUAGGCGGCCACUCCCACGUAAACUACGUCUCAUGGUACGAAUGUGGAACACCCAUUCCUGGCAAAUGGUAGGACUCGUCCUCUCAAGAGUCGUCCGCUGAGGAGCCUGAAAGAUAUUUUCCAACACCCUGGGAUGGCGACAAGAAGAGGGUGGGGGGAGUCCUUCAAUCUAUUUCAUCACUUCCUGGAUGACUUGCAGUUUCCCCCAUUCCCCGUUCCUUCUACCCCAGAGCAGUAAAAACAUGUACAGGACAUACUCGUCAGGGAAUUUGUAAGAGGAGAGCAUUUUUUAAAUUUGUCACAGCACACAUGUCUCAUCCUCUAUUUAUCAAGCAUCAAGGCGAAACUGAUAAAGAAACCAAGACUAGUCAAGAUACAUGGAGAUUUUGUUACUUUCUGCCAUGUGAGGUAGCAAACUCACGCUAGAUAUAUUUUUUUUUUGUGUUGAAAUAAUGGGAAGCUGGCUCCCUGGAAUACUAUUUUCAUAACUUGUGUGAUGUUAUUUAUCAAAAAGAUCUCUAAUCACAUUUCUCGGUGAGGUCCACAGGAGGUGGGAUGUGAUGUCACGCUUCUGCUGUACCUCCGGUGUAGAUUUUCAUGUUUUCCUCAGCAGUGACUGGUUCAGAGUGAAGCUUGUACCACUGAACUGUGGAUCUAAAUUCACCCAAAGGUUUUUUUGUAUUUUGUUUUUUUUUGUUUUUGUUUUUGUUUUGCUUUGUUUUGUUUUUUUGUGAAAAUGUUUUAGUAGGAUGUGAGCAAUUGUAAGUUUUCCAACACCGCCAUGCUUCACAAGCACUCAUUUCCACACAUCCACAACUGGGAGCUGACCAGUAAAACCGCUCUGUGCAACCACAGUCUUCUGUUGUUUGUCAGAAAGUGACUGGAGAGCCAGUACCUUGUUUAAGCACACCAAUAUUCAGUGCUUGAAGUAAACGGUGAAUCUUUUGGAAAAUGCCGACGCAGGGCAAAUCAAUUUCAAGCAAUCUGUUAACCGCCUCAGUCGCCCAGCAAAAACACAGAUUGUCAAACUGAUUCAGUCGUAUCCAUCAUAUCCAAAAACUAAAACGGUCUCCGGCAUUUCACGCUGCGAGACGGGAGCCUCCUACAUUUGCAAUUUGCACAGCAAAAAUGUAUUUAUAUGUAUAUGAAGAGAAUGUAUUUUUUACAAUACAUUUUUUGCAAAUGCAUUUCACUCAUCAGGGCCUUUCUGGUGUCAUCAUAAUGUGGUGCUCCUCCCGCCAAACACGAGACACGCCUCGACUCAUUUACCAGCCAAAUAUUAAUGACCAUUGAUUACAAACCAUCCCGGCUGGCAAAUAAGAUUAACAUACCAGCAUUUCCAACACUGCCACCAAACCGCUCACAUCGCCAUACUGCCAACAGUGCAUUACAGACUUGGUUAACAUGCUGUACUCCAAACACUUCAUUGUAGAGUGGGUUAUAAAGUAAAACCAGGUACUUUAUGAAAGGGGCACAGUGUGGUUGACUUGAUAAAGCAAUAAAGGGCAUUUUCUCAUCAUAUAGGAUGUAGCGCAUUGAUGGUUGAGCGACACUGUUCACCAGACCAGGCACCUAAAUGCGAUACCGUAGCUUCACUUUCAGCUUCAGCUGUGACUAUUCAUGCAUAGACCCUAUUAUUAAGCAGGGGAUACGUCCUUUUAAGCUGAGCGCUUUGACAGAAAAGGACAAAGUGUUUGUACAGAUACACCUCUGGUUCACAGCACCUGUAGAUACAAGGUUGAACACUUAGGUUUAAAUUGGAAUGUAUGUUAGCACGAGGCUAUACUGUUGAUGUGGUUUUUCUAUGUAUGUUCUGUAUCGAUUUUCAACA